AAUUUUUCCAUAGUUCUCGUACAAUUUGCAAAUAAGCGCACGUUUCUUCAUUCCGUCGAAUUCCACGAUCACUAGCGGCCCUGACACGUACAUGUAAUUUGAUUUGAGAAACUCGGGACAGGGCAGCCAUACACUACGUUAUGGAUUUAAGCGGUAAAGUCGCCUUAGUGACGGGUUCAACAAGUGGGAUAGGACUUGGCAUUGCUCGUAGUCUGGCAAAGAAAGGAUGUGCUUUGAUUUUGACUGGACUGGGGGAUCAAACGACCAUUGAUGAAUUGGUGAAGGAAUUCAAAGUAUCAUGCAAUGGCAAUGCUUCCUUUGUACCAUGUAAUCUGAGAUCACGUGAUUCGGUUCAUCAGAUGUGCAAAGAAAUAUCUAAACUACACCAUAAUGGAGUCGAUAUUUUAGUUAACAAUGCUGGGAUAAAUCAUGUAAGUCCAAUCGACGAAUACCCGGAUGAAAAAUGGGAUGUAAUGAUUAGCAUAAUGCUAACUUCUCCGUUUGAUCUUAUCAAAUAUUUCAUUCCUAGCAUGAAACAGAAAGGAUGGGGCCGAAUAAUCAACAUAUCCUCCAUGAUGGGUUUGAUCAGCCAGCCGGGAAAAGCUGUGUACAGUGCUGCUAAAUCGGGAAUCAUCGGGUUGUCCAGGGGUGUGGCUUUGGAGGGAGCCCCCUUUGGAGUAACGUGUAAUGCAAUUUGUCCUGGAUUCGCCUACACCGCUGUCACAGAUCCACAGGUGCGCGCUUUUCAAGAGAAAGAGGGUCUAGCCACAUUUGAUGAAGCAAAGGAGAAGUUCUUUUCCAGAGCUCCAACUGGAAAACCUGUGGAAGUUGGACAGAUAAGUGACUUAGUGGUGUUUCUGUGUUCCUCUGGCGCUGACAGUAUGACGGGGUCACCCAUUGUUAUAGAUGGAGGCUUCACUGUGCAGUAAGCAACAAUCACGCCAGCAGAUUAUAAUCGACGGCCCUGAUCAAAAAUUUCUUGCUUUUCGUGAAUUGAUAUAUUGAUAUAUUAUUUUCAGUAUGUUUUUCAGUAUAUUUAUAAAUUUUACCUCUGACAAAAAUUUUUUUAAAGUAUGAUUCUUCAGUUUGCCAUGCCGGUACUCAUACGACUUGGGGUAUUAUAAAAUGAGCACUUCGGCUUUAUACCGCUGUUGAUAAUUAGUUGUCAGAUUAAAAAAAAAAA